AUGGGGCCGGGCUGCAGCCCGAGGCAACUGGGGAAACUGAGGCACGAAGUGGGCCCGGCCAUCCUCACCACGGAUCCCCAGCACUUCCAGCAGCGCCUCCAGGAGCUCUACGUCCAGGGUGGAGGGGAUUGCCCAGAGAUGAGUGUUGGGGCCAUCAGGCUGGCUGUGGAGGUCUCGUACCCUGGGUCCUUCAUCUACGUCUUCUCGGAUGCCCGGGCCAAGGACUAUGAGCAGCAGGAGGAGCUGCUGCAGCUCCUGCAGCACAAGCAGUCCCAGGUGGUGUUUGUGCUGACGGGGGACUGUGGGGACAGGAGCCACCCCGGGUACCGAGUGUAUGAGCGGAUUGCAGCCAUCAGCUCUGGGCAGAUCUUCCACCUGGACAAGCAACAGGUGAAGGAGGUGCUCAAGUGGGUGGAAGAGGCCAUCCAGGCCUCCAAAGUUCACCUGCUAUCCACAGACCACGAGGCUGGUGGGGAACAUACUUGGCCCAUGCCCUUUGACUCCAGCCUGAAGGAGGUCACCAUCUCCCUGAGUGGUCCUGCUCCGGAGAUUGAGGUCCAGGAUCCCACAGGAAAGGUCCUUGAGGAAGGCCAAGACCUGAAGGAACUCCUCAGCAUCCCAAACGCCGCCAAGGUGGUGGCCGUGGAGCCCCACAAGCCAGGGACGUGGUUGGUCAAGACCCAGAGCAGCGGCCGCCACUCAGUGAGGAUCACGGGCGUCAGCAACGUUAACUUUCAAGCCAGCUUCUCCACCCAGCCUGACUUUGACCCUAGCCAGCCUGAUGAGCGGCCAGUGCAGGGCCUUCCCAUCUCUGUGGGGGUGAAUUGCACGGGCCUGAAGUCGCCUGGAUACUUGCAGGAGAUCGAGCUCGUCAACAGCUCGGGCCACCCGCUCCUCUCGGUCCCCAUGCGGCGCAUCUCUAACACCUCCUCUGGGCAGCUCUGGGUGGGCUCGCAGCUCCAUGCACCUCCAGGAGAUUUCUUGCUGAAGGUGAAGGGCAAAGAUGCCCACGGGUACCCCCUGCAACGCCUCUCCAGCAUUGCCUACACCAGUGUGGUCCCUGGGCUACCCAAGGUGAACAUCUCCAGCAAAAUCCAGGCUUACAACCAUGAGCCUCAGCUGAUCUCCUGCUCUGCACAGAGUGAGAUCCCUUUUCGCCUGCAGCUCAGCCGAGGUGGUAAGAAGCUUGGUGAAGGUCGGCUCUUCAGAGGUUCAGGGAACAGCAGCUGGCUGAUUCCUGCGGUCUCCAAGAGUGAUGAAGGUUUUUAUGAGUGCACAGCCACAAGCAAGGUUGGGGCGACACGGGCUCGCACCUUCGUCUCUGUCACAGAACCGCCACCACGUCUCAUAGCCCCGGGGAACAUCACAGCUCUGCCCGGUCAGGACGUGGUCAUGUCCUGCACCGUUCUGAGCGACGUCCCAUACAACCUAACCUGGAGCUGGGACUGGAAGGGGGUGCAGCCGGAGGACAGCAGGACGAGGCUCCUGCAGAACCGUUCGCUGGAAAUCAGCAGUGUGCAGCCGGGGGACGGGGGCCAGUACAAAUGCAUUGCGCGCAAUGCCCAUGGGGCUGCCAGCGCCUCUAUCUGGCUCUUGAUCCAGGAGGCACCAUGGGUGAAGGUGGACUUGAGCCCCCAGCGGUUCACCAAGGGUGAAGAGCUGAAGCUGAACUGCACAACAGGGGGCCACCCCCCACCACGGACCACUUGGAAGCGCUGGGGCAGGGCCCUGGAGGAGGAUGAGAGGGUUUUUGUCGAUGCGCAGGGUACCCUGCACAUCACGGCCGCGGUCCCAGAGGAUGCGGGGAACUAUAGCUGCCACGCCAGCAGCCUGCUGGGCUGGGUCAAGCGAGCCGUGGCUCUGGAGUAUACUGAGCCUCCCGUCAUCGUGGCAGUGACACCUGCAGUGAAGGCCCUGGUUGGGGAAGAUGUGGUCCUGGAGUGCUGGGUUUCAGGGGUCCCCGUGCCCCAGAUCGUCUGGUACAGAGGUGAGCAGGAAGUGGUGACAUCCCCCGGUGGCAUGCAGCGUGGUGUCCUGCAGCUCCAGGCCGUGCGGGAGGAGGACUCGGGCGAGUACAUCUGUGAGGCCCUCAGUGAGGCUGGUGUCUCCUUCGACAGCAUCACGCUGGACGUGGGGUCUGCCCCUCGGUUUUCCGAGGACCCAGAGGAUGCGUCAGUCGAGAUAGGGGAGAGCGUGAGCCUGCUGUGCCGUGUCGAGGGCUCUCCCCCACCGCGGAUCGCCUGGUCUCGGCAGGACGGGAAGCCCAUGGUGGGCCAGCACAGGCUGUUUGAUGUUUCCAGCCAGCUGGAGGCCAAUGAGCUCUUCAUUGCCAGCGCCUCACUGGAUGACCAAGCCAUCUAUAUCUGUGAAGCCCAGAAUGAGUUUGGGAAGAUCCGAGCAGAGGUCAAGCUUGCAGUCACCGGACACGCAGUCCCAGAAAUAGCUCGCGGAUCCCCAGUGAUCCGCACUGUCAGAGGCCAGCCCGCCUCGCUGCCCUGCGUGAUCCUGGCUGGGAAGCCUUUUCCAGCACGGCACUGGCUGAAGCACGGGCAGCCGAUAACCCCAGGCAGCCACUAUUCUGUCCGCACUGAUGGGAGCCUCCAUGUGGAGCAGGUGUCGCAGGAGGAUGCAGGGAGCUACACCUGCGUGGUCACCAAUGCUGUUGGCUCGCACAGGCAGGAUGUGUCACUGGUUGUCCAUGUUCCUCCCAGCAUUGAGCUGGGCCCUGCCCUUGUCACCGCCACGGAGGGAGCAGCUGUCACCCUGUCGUGCAAUGCCACUGGUGUGCCACCUCCUACUGUCACCUGGGCAAAGGGCACAGAGCCCAUCUUGCAGAGCCACCAUUACCACCUAGGCAGCAAUGGGACCCUCCUGAUUCCUUCGCCCUCUCCCAGAGAUGCUGGCACCUACUUCUGCAUGGUUACCAACGCAGCAGGCUCCUCCAGCCGGGAGGUGCAGCUCUCCGUCAGCACGAAGCCCAGGAUCAGCGUGAAUGGAUCACAUGAGUCAUCAGGCCCCAUGACCAUCCUGGCUGUGGUGGGGCAGGAAACCAUCCUGCCCUGUGAAGUUCAAGGGUAUCCCACUCCCUUGGUGGCAUGGACCCAGGAGUCUCAGCCGGUGCCUCUCACCACUGCGAGGUAUAGCGUCCUCCCUUCGGGAUCCCUCCGGCUGGCUGAACCCCGAGUGAUGGACAACGGCCUUUAUACCUGCACAGCCACAAACGCUGCAGGGAACGCCUCGCUCAGCUACAGCCUGGAGGUCCAAGUCCCACCACGAAUUCGCCCCAUGCCCGAGGUCCUUCGGGUGCUGGCGGGUCUCCAUCUGGAGCUGCCCUGUGUGGCUCAUGGGGACCCCAUCCCCCACCUCAGCUGGUCCAAGGAUGGCCACCCCCUGAGUGUGGGCCAGGGGGGUUCCCUGGAGGGGCCCGACGGGACAAUCAGCAUCGAGGACGUGCAGGUCUCCAACUCGGGACGGUACCGCUGCAUUGCCAGCAGCAGCGCAGGGCAAGAUGUUGUGGAACUGGCUGUAGAAGUCCUGGAGCCCCCGUAUCUGGAGGAUGGCACAGAGGCGCUGCUGGAGAGGGUUCUCCGUGAGAAUGUCACCAUGGCGUGUCCCGUCAAGGGGACCCCCAUGCCAUCUGUUGUCUGGCUGAAGGACUCAGUGGAGGUACUGGGCACCAUGCCGGGCGCUGCAGUGCUGGAUGAGGGCUCACUUGCGAUCCAAGCUGUCCAGCCCAGCGACAGUGGGGAUUAUACCUGCCUGGCAACCAAUGAAGUGGGCUCCGUGAGCCGGACAACCAGGCUGCUGGUAUACGCCCCACCAAAGAUGGCAGGAAGUGGCCUGCAGGAGAACAUUUCUGCUGUGGCCAGCCAGGCUCUGACGCUGAAUUGCAAUGUUUCCGGCACCCCCGUCCCCACCGUUGUGUGGUACAAAGAUGGGCAGCUGGUGGGGGAAGGCAGAGGCCUCCACUUCCUCCAUGGGGCCCAGGCCCUCCGCUUCUCCAAGGUGCAGAAGGAGGAUGCGGGGUCCUACACCUGCAGAGCUGAGAACAGGGUUGGAGAGGCCCACAGACACUUCACCCUGCUUGUUCUAGUCCCUCCAACAGUGUCAGGGCCCUGGUGGCCUCACAACGUCUCUGUGCUGGUGGGCUCCGAGGCAGUGCUGGAGUGUCGGACCUCAGGGGUGCCCCCGCCCCAGGUGGAGUGGCUGAAGGAUGGGCAGCCUCUCCCCACUGUGGACUUUCACAUCCAGCUCCUGGAAGAGGAUCAGGUCUUGAGGAUCGAGGAUAGCCAGCCAAAACACCAAGGGAGGUAUCAGUGCUUAGCAUUCAACCAAGCUGGCCAGCACAGCAAGGCUUUCCAACUGCACGUUCUCACUCCCCCCUUCAUCCUGGACUCUAACAAGACAGUGGAGGUGGUGGUGCUGCUGAAUCACUCCAGCGAGCUGUCCUGCGAGGCACAGGGCUCACCGGCUCCCAGCAUCACAUGGUUCAAAGACAGGCGUCCUCUCAUCUCCGGCGCAAAGACCACCUACCUGAGAGGGGGACGUGUCCUGCAGCUGACCGCGGCCCAGGUGACAGAUGCGGGGCUGUACACCUGCCGGGCCACCAACCCUGUGGGCACAGCGGAGAGGGCUGUGAGGCUUGAGGUUUAUGUGCCGCCGAAUGUUGAUGGCAUGGCUGAUGAAGAUCAUGUGGUGGUGGCGGGUCAGCCCUUGGAGCUCCUCUGCUCGGCCAGUGGCAAUCCCCUGCCCGUCCUGACCUGGCUUAAGGACGGGGUCCCACUGUCUGAUGACGCUGGGACCCUGCUCCUGGGAGGUGGCAUGCUGCUGAGGGUUGAACAGGCUUCGGAGAGCUCAGCAGGGAUCUACACCUGCUUAGCCAGCAGCCCGGCAGGCGACAGUGUGGUCCAGCACACGGUGGUAGUUCAGGCUCCCCCCCAGCUGCUGAUCAGCGAUGAGGAAAGCCACCUGAUGGUGAUUGCCAAUGACUCUCUGCAGAUUCACUGCCACGCCACAGGCUUUCCUGCACCCCAGAUCCAGUGGCUGAAGAACGGCCACCCGCUGGGUGAACUGGACGGAGCAGUGGUGUCUGAGGACGGCAGGACUCUGCUGAUUCCCCACGUAAGGCUCAACGACGAAGGGCUCUACAUCUGCCAGGGCAGCAACGAGGCUGGUGGAGCCCAGGCAGAGGUGCAGGUAUCAGUGCAAGAGCGCCCGUCGGUCAGCAUCAUGGAGGGAAAGGGCCUCAGCGUGGCCCUCCGGCAGCCAGUGACCCUUCAGUGCCUGGCCGCUGGCACACCACCUCCGCAGCUCAGCUGGUGGAAGGAUGGGGUCCUCUUGCCAGCCACAGGCCACUUCUUCCAGAUUGAGAAGGCUGACUUGAUGGAUGAAGGAGUCUAUUCCUGUGUUGCAGUGAACCCCGCUGGGGAGGACAAGCAAGAUGUGAUGCUGAAGGUCCUAGUGCCUCCAAACAUCGAGCCUAGUGAGUUGAAUGUGACCGUCCUGGAGAACGCCACAGCAUCCUUGCAGUGCCUGGCCUCUGGGGUGCCAGCUCCUGAUAUAGCCUGGUACAAGGGAUCUGAGCAGCUCUUGGCUGGGCCAGGCCUGGCCCUGUCUGGAGGUGGGAAGUGCUUGGAGAUCCAGCGUGCCCAGACCUCCGACUCUGGGAGCUACCGCUGUGUGGCCUCCAACAUGGCUGGUAGCACCGAGCUCUGGUACAGCCUGCAGGUGACCGUGCCCCCGCGAAUUAUAUCUGGCCCCAGCCCCAUGACUGUGAUGGUGAAUGAGCCGGUGAAGUUGGAGUGUGACGCCAUGGGGGUCCCUGCCCCGGUCCUGCUGUGGUUGAAGGAUGGCAAUCCCGUGUCCAGCAUGGUGGCAGAUGGGCCACAGAUCAUCUCCGGGGGGCGUGUGCUGUCCCUGCCAGCUGCUCGCCUUCUGGACUCGGGGACGUAUGUGUGCGUGGCCAGCAGCGUUGUGGGAGAGGACAGGCAGGAGGCUACCCUCAAGGUGCGGUUGCCACCCACUGCCUUGGGCGAGGAGCAGAACAUCUCUGUCCUCGUCAACCAGUCAGCAACCUUGGAGUGCUUGGCUCCUGGGGUAGCUCCUCAGGGGUCCCGCUGGCUGAAGGACGGGCACUUGCUCAUGCCAAAGCCAGGAGUGCAGCUGUCUGUGGAGGGGACCACGCUCCAGAUCAAGCGAGUUGACGUGCAGGAUGCGGGCAGGUACACGUGCGAGACAUCCAGCCACCUGGGCCACUCACAGAAUCACUACAACCUCGAUGUGUGGGUGCCCCCGUCGUUCUCCUCGGCAGAGCCCGCCGCCGUGUCGGUGCUGGAAGGGCAGGUUGUCCAGCUGGCCUGCGAGUGCCACGGGAUCCCCUUCCCCACCCUGACCUGGUGGAAGGACGGUGAGCUCCUCUCCACCAAGCCAGGGAGCCUGGAGCUGGUCUCUGCAGGAGGGAGGAUGCUCUACAUUGAGAAGGUCUGGCAGCAGCAGCAAGGAGUAUCACUUAGGGGUGCACGUUUCUUUCUUGGCUCCAAGCUGAUCGAUGGUGCUUUUAUAUCUGCUUACAUAGACCUAGGGGAGUUUUUACAGCAUCGCCUCUGCCCUGUGUCCCUCUUGCCCACAGCGCUGCCGAGGAUCCGAGGCAGCAGCAAAGCCCUGAGGAAGGUUUCUGUGGUCAAGGCUGGUGAGACGGUUUUGGAGUGCGAGGCCGUGGGAACACCAUCGCCCACAGUGACUUGGGUGAAAGACGGGCAGCCUGUGGUGAAUGGGGACGGGCUUCUCCUUACAGACCAGGGGAGGCGACUGCGCAUCCCACAGGCGGAGGUCACCCAUUCGGGACACUACGUUUGCCUGGCAACGAAUGCGGUGGGGCAGGAAGAGAGGGAGUUUGAUGUGUCCGUGCAUGUUCCUCCUGAGUUCAUUCAAGGAUCAGGAUCAAUAACCAACAUCAGUGUGUCUCUGCAUGGAGCCCUGACGCUGACCUGCGAGGCCUCUGGUGUUCCCCCACCCACUGUCACCUGGUUCUGGAACAACUCUCCUGUCAUCCCUGGCAAGCACACGCGUGUGCUCUCAGGUGGCUGGAUGCUGAGGCUCACUCGCACACGAGCCCAGGAUGGAGGCCUCUAUUCCUGCCUGGCCAGCAAUGUGGCUGGGGAGGCCAGGAGGGAUUUCCAUGUGGAGGUCCUUGUUCCUCCCCAUGUUGAGAGCGCGGAUGAGGAAGAGAGCAUCAAAGUGCCCGAGGGUCAUCCCAUCACCUGGUCCUGCCUGGCUUCAGGCAACCCCCAGCCUAAGAUCACCUGGCUGAAAGACGGCCAUCCUGUGACUAGCGGAGACACGUACUCCAUCUCCCCUGAUGGGUCCACACUGCACAUCACUCAGGCAGCCCUUUCUGAUGCUGGCCGCUAUUCCUGCGUGGCCUCCAAUUCUGUGGCAGAUCAGACCAAGCACUACCUGCUAAAUGUUUUGGUUAGCCCCAUGUUUCCUGGAGAGGCCCACGAUGCUGCCAUAGAAGAUGUUACUGUGAUCGUCAACAAUCCCAUCUCCCUCAUCUGUGAGGCUCUGGCCUACCCGUCUCCCAACAUCACCUGGCUCAAGGAUGAGGUUCCCCUCGAAGCCUCCAGAAAUGUUCACCUGCUCCCUGGUGGCCAUGGGCUGCAGAUCCUGAAUGCCCUUGAAGAGGAUGCAGGCAUAUACAGUUGCGUCGUGACCAGCGAGGCUGGAGAGGCCGUAAAGAACUACACUGUGAAGGUCCUGGUUCCUCCUUGGAUUGCCAAAGAUGACCCUUCAGGGGAAUUUGCUGUGACGGAAGUGAAAACCAAGGUCAACAGCACCGUGACGCUGGAGUGCGAGUCCUGGGCUGUGCCCGAGCCGACCAUCCAGUGGUACAAGGACGGGCAGCUCCUGGAAAGUGCUGGUCACCUCCAGCUCCUCAAUGAGGGGAAGGUCCUUCAGAUCAAACCAGCCGGCAUCUCGGAUUCGGGGCACUACACCUGUGUUGCUACCAAUGUCGUAGGUGAAGAUGACAAGGACUUCAAUGUGCACAUCCAAGUGCCACCGCUGUUCCAGAGGCCAGGGAGUGCCAACGAAGCCUUUGAGAUCCUCUACAGGGAGGAAGACCAGGACGGGGAGGUGGUAGAGCACCGACAGGCUAUUCUUGACAACCCCACUACGCUCUACUGUGACACCAGCGCCAUCCCACCCCCCCGGCUCACCUGGUACAAAGAUGGGGAGCCCCUAUCCUCUGGCCAGGGGAUGCUAAUAUUGCUAGGGGGCCGGGUCCUGCAGCUCCCCGUGGUCCGGGAGGAGGAUGCUGGCAGGUACACAUGCGAGGCAGCCAAUGACGUGGGAGAGGACCGGAUGCACUACGAGCUGGAGGUGCUGACCACCCCUGUCAUCCAUGGGAGCAUGGAGGACCUGGUUGAGGAGGUGACCACCACCGUCAACAGCACCGUCCGCUUGAAGUGCGAAGUCAUCGGGAACCCAGCACCCGUAGUUUCCUGGCUCUGGAAUGAUGCCCCUAUUGUGGCUGGCCCACGGCACCAGCUCCUGGAGGAUGGCGAGGUCCUGCAGGUGGUGGCGGUGGAGGCGAGCGAUGCGGGCAGUUACACGUGCGUGGCUGAAAACCCAGCUGGUUCUGCUGAGAAGCACUUUACCCUCACCGUGCAGGAACCACCUCGGAUCACGGGCGCAAACCCCGAAACUGUUGACGGCAUUGUCGAUGGCAGCGUAUCGCUGGUGUGCGAUGUCCAAUCCCACCCAGAUGCAGAUAUUGUGUGGUACAAGGACGGCCGCGUCCUGCAGCUUGGUGAGGAAGUGUUCGUCACCCCAGGCUCGCACAUCCUGCAGAUCCCCCGCGCGCAGCUUUCUAGCACGGGCAUAUACAUGUGCGUGGCUCUGAACGCAGCCGGCAGAGACGAGAAGCUCUUCAUCCUCACUGUCCACGCUCCGCCGGCAGAGCCUCAGGCCCCGGCAGGCCAGCGGCCAGCCGGGAUGGUGCGAGCCGGGGACACAGCUGUCCUGCACUGUGAUUUGGAGGAACAGCCGGGAUCUGCGGUCACCUGGUACAGAGAUGGGCAGGAGUUGGCAGCGGGGGACAACGGCCGCAUCCUACUGAAAGGCUGGUGGCUGGAGAUUGAAAACACUCAGGCCUCGGAUGAAGGGCUCUAUGGCUGCCGGGUGGCCGGCGCUGUGGGAGAGGCAGCGCAGACCCUCAUGCUCACUGUCCCAACCACCCUGAUAGCUCACAACCCACCCUAUGCUGGGACUCUUGCUCCUGAGAUGUUGCUGGUGUGCGGGGAUGUGCCCCCGAGCAUCGAGGACCCGCAGCAGGAGACACUCGCUGCAGCCAUGGGAAGCCCCCUCGUCCUGACCUGCGAAGUCACCGGCGUGCCUGUGCCAGCCGUCACCUGGCUGAAGGACGGGCGGCCAUUGGAGAGCAGCCCGGAGCGGGGCCUGGUGUCCCGGGGCACCCAGCUCCAGAUCAGCCCCUUGCAGCCCUUCCACGAGGGCCGCUACACGUGCCUGGCACGGGGCGCCGACGCCGAGGUGCGCAAGGAUUUCCUGGUGCUGGUGCGAGUGGCACCCAGGAUCACGAGCGCGGGGGUCCCCAGCGAGCACAGCGUGCUGGAGGGCAGCGAGGUGACGCUGGAGUGCCAGGCAGAGGGGCAGCCUGCCCCGGAGAUCACUUGGCUGAAGGACGGGCAGCCCCUGGGGCUGCAGCCCCCGUCGCGUGGCCGGCUGGCUCUGGGCUGCAGCUCUCUGCUCCUCGAGGGGCUCCAGGCCGCCGACGCGGGGGCGUACACCUGCCUGGCCCAAAACAGCGCCGGCGAAGACACCCGGCUGCACACGCUGAGCGUGCUGGUUCCCCCGUCCAUCGAGAGCGGCGCUGGCGAUGCAGAGGCGGUCCGCGGCGCCCUCCUGCCCCCCGUGCUGGAGGGGACCCCGGAGAGCAGCGAGGAGCAGGCGGUGAUGGUGGGCUCCGAGGUGACCUUCGCUUCGCCGCCCCGUGUUGAGGCCCCUACCCAGCCAGUUGAGAUGUCCGUCGUCGUGGGUGCUCCGCUAGAGCUGACGUGCCUGGUGACGGGUGUCCCCAUGCCCACUGUCACCUGGGAGAAGGACGGGCAGCUGCUGGCCGGGCCCCAGCUCGUGGUGGGGAACGAGAGCAUCUUUCGGAUAGAGAGCGUCGAGGUGGCCAGUGCUGGCUUGUACACCUGCCUGGCUGCCAGCCCUGCCGGAGAGGACAGCGGGACCUUCCAUGAGGAUGCCCGCACACGGGUCCUGGCCGAGGGGCGCUUCCUCCAGAUCCGGGCACUGCUGGUGACGGAUAGGGGGGAGUACAGCUGCACCGCCAGCAACUCGCUGGGGACGACCAGCCUGAACUUCCAGGUGGACAUUCAUGUGGCCCCGGAGAUCCAGCCUGGCCCCGAGGCGCUGAGCGUGCUCGUGAAUGGAUCAGCCGUGCUGCCCUGCCAGGCAGAGGGGUGGCCCGUGCCCCAGGUGACGUGGCGGAAGGACGGCCAGCUGCUGCCCCUUGGCGGGAGCCCCAGGCUGAGGAUGCUGCCGGGAGGCUCCCUGCAGAUAGACCCCGUUCAGGUCCAGGAUUCAGGCUACUACCUCUGCGUGGCAUCCAGCCCUGCCGGGUCUGACCGACGAGGCCUCGACCUCCAAGUCCUGGGCUCCCUGCAGAUAGACCCCGUUCAGGUCCAGGAUUCAGGCUACUACCUCUGCGUGGCAUCCAGCCCUGCCGGGUCUGACCGACGAGGCCUCGACCUCCAAGUCCUGGAGCCCCCCGUAGUGAAGCCCCUGCCUGGCAUGGUGAUGGUGAUGGUCAAUGCCAGCGCGGUGUUAUCCUGCGAGGCGACCGGCGUCCCUCCGCCGGAGAUCACCUGGCAGAAGGAAGGCGUCAGCGUCCCCAGAGGGCCCCGGUUCAAAAUGCUCCGCAAUGGGCAGCUGCACCUCCUGCGUGCCUCCGUGGAGGACGCUGGCAUCUACCUGUGCGUGGCUCAAAACCCAUCCGGCACCGCUUCGGGGAGGACCAGGCUGAUCGUGCAAG